AUGGGCUGCUGGGAGGCUAAAUGUAUGUCUCUUUUCUUCAUUCUUAUAUCUUUCUGUCUACAGGGAACCUCUUUGCAGAAAGCUGUUGAAGCAGGACAAAGAAAACCUUUUUAUGAGAGGCUCCGAAGACUAGAAGAACAGUUUCGGAGAUUUCAAGAAGUGACCCUAGUACGUCUCCAGGGGAUUGCGGAAAACUAUAAUGUUUCCUAUAAUAUCAACACCAGAUUUCAAAACCUGACAGAUGAGUAUCACACCAUGGCUAUGUCUGUCAAUGAGUCCCAGGCAGCAUUGCAAAUGGAUCUGAACCAGCUGAAGGACUGGAUGAAGAAGAUUCAGAGAAGAUCCAGGAAGGUGGACUCUAAGCUCCUGGCCUUUGGAAGAUCCUUAAAUGAAAAGAGUAAGCAGAGCUCCCAGGAGAAGAUGAAACAGAAGGAGCAGAGCAUCCUCCUUGCCAACCUCACUGGGACCAUCACACAGGACAUUAGUACCCUUCAGACUAGCCAAAUCCAUGUGCAGACAGAAAUGGAGAAACUCCAGAAUGUGAUUCAAGGCCAAGGGGCCAGACUGAAUGCUGUAGAGGAGCAGCUGCAGAGAGUCUUGCAACAUGCAGCCUUCUCUCCAGGCUCAGUCACCACUGCUCCACUCCUACCUCAACCUCUGAAGGAGAAGCAGCAACCAGGCCAGCAGCUGCUCCAUGCCAAGCACAGACACAGGAAAAAACUGCAGCAGGACAGGCUAGAGCUGGGAGCCCAAAUAGAAACCCAGAAAUUGUUUCAGGAUUUGAGGAGAUCUCCUGUGGAAGAGAAGGAACCAAACACACAAUCUGGCAGACAGACGCUCCCCAGCAUAGAUGAGAUCCUGAAGGAGCCACAGCAAUCCCAGGCUUCCCAAAAGACAGGAGAAAUUUGCAAUGUAGGGUCCAUGCUUGUUUUCCCCAACAUUUCUACCGAGAAUGUGGUCAUCUUCAGCCCAGGUUUGCUCACUGGGCUCCAGGAACUAUCCUUCUGCACCUGGGUCCGGACAUCCUCCAGCUACCUGGGUACCUUACUCUCCUAUGCCACUGAAGAAAAUGACAACAAGCUGGUGCUGCAUGGUAGGGACACUCUAGUCUACGGCACUAUCCACUUUGUGAUAGGAGACCCAGCCUUCAGGGAGCUGCCAGUGGAACGGCUUCUGGACAGCAGGUGGCACCAUAUGUGUGUGAUAUGGUCUUCUAUCCAAGGGAAAUACUGGUUCUAUGUGGACCGGAGGCUGGUAGCCACUGGCUCCAGGUUCAGGGAGGGCUAUGAAAUCCCUCCUGGAGGAACACUGGUGUUGGGACAGGAGCAAGAUACAGUGGGCGGAGGCUUUGACAGCUCUGAAGCCUUUGUGGGAAGCCUGGCAGGUCUGACUGUGUGGGACCGGGCCCUGGCACCAGGCGAGGUCUCAAGCAUUGCCACCGGAAAGGAAUUGCCUAGGAGCAUACUCUUGACCUUGGCCAAUGCCUCCUCUUUGCAUGGAUUCGUGAAGAGGGAAAUGUGUACCUGCCUGGAGCACUGUUCAUAA